GUCAAACGUAACAGUACGGAGCAACAUCAAUGCGGUGAAUCGCAGUUGCUUCUUAAUCGUUAGUUUAGUGUUUUUACCAGUUUUGUACUUGAAAAUCAGUAAAAAUGAGGAUCAGUGUCGAUGGUUUGCUGGUGUACUUUCCGUACGAGUACAUCUACCCGGAACAGUAUGCUUAUAUGCUGGAACUGAAGCGAACCUUCGAUGCGAAGGGACACUGCUUGCUGGAGAUGCCUUCGGGGACCGGUAAGACCACCACGCUGCUAUCGCUGAUUGUAGCCUACAUCAUGGAAUAUCCGCACAUCGUACGGAAGUUGAUCUACUGCUCGCGUACCGUACCGGAAAUCGAAAAGGUAAUCGCCGAGUUGAAGCACCUUAUGAACUACUACGAAAAGCAAACGGGUGUAAUGCCCAACAUAACCGGUUUGGUGCUCAGUUCACGAAAAAAUAUGUGCAUUCAUUCGGAAGUUAGCCGCGAACGGGACGGUAAAAUAGUGGAUGCCAAAUGUUACGGCAUGACGGCCAGCUACAUCCGUGAGCGGGCUGCGUCGGACGAUUCCGUAAGCGUGUGCCAGUACUUCGAAGGAUUUCAAGCGGAAGGAAAGGAAUCGACGCUACCGCCCGGUAUCUAUUCCAUCGACGAUCUGAAGGAUUUUGGCCGAGAGCGGAACUGGUGUCCGUACUUUGUGUCACGCUUCGCGAUCAAUCAAGCCCAGGUUGUAGUCUACAGUUACCACUACCUGUUGGAUCCCAAGAUUGCGGAGGUUGUUUCCAAAGAGCUUGCGCGGGAAUCGGUCGUGGUUUGCGAUGAGGCUCACAAUAUCGACAACGUUUGCGUAGAUUCUAUGAGUGUAAAAAUCAAUCGACGACUGAUUGAGAAAAGUACAACCGGAAUUCAUACGCUGGAGAAAUACGUUGCAGAGAUAAAAGAUGACGACCGGCAUCGGUUGAACGAGGAAUACCUACGGUUAGUCCAGGGACUGAAAGAGGCAUCGUUUGCUCGAGAAACGGACAUGGUUCUAGCUAACCCUGUUCUACCAUCGGAAAUUCUCAAAGAGGUAGUUCCAGGAAACAUCCGAAACGCGGACCAUUUUCUAAGCUUUCUGAAGCGUUUCAUUGAAUACAUAAAAUCGCGUCUCCGAGUGCAGCAUGUGGUUCAAGAGAGUCCGGCUGGUUUCCUGAAGGACAUUCAACAGAAAGUUUGUAUCGAGCGAAAACCGCUGCGUUUUUGUGCCGAGCGUUUGUCUUCGCUGCUGCGAACUUUGGAAAUCACCGACCUAACAGAAUUCGGUGCACUAACCGUGAUAACUUCGUUCGCAACGCUGGUGUCGUCCUACACAAAAGGUUUCACCAUUAUCAUAGAACCUUUCGAUGACAAAACACCCACGGUGUCGAAUCCUAUUAUGCACUUAAGCUGCAUGGAUUCAUCGAUUGCGAUGAAACCAAUCUUUCAACGGUUUCAAAGUGUGGUAAUCACUUCCGGAACACUGUCACCGAUGGAUAUGUAUCCAAAAAUACUGGAUUUUGAACCGGUGGUAAUGAGUUCCUUCACUAUGACCCUCGCCAGACCAUGUCUACUACCGAUGAUUGUCUCGCGUGGCAAUGAUCAGGUGGCCAUUUCAUCGAAAUUCGAAACACGCGAAGAUACAGCCGUUACUCGCAACUAUGGUCAGUUGCUGGUGGAAACAGCUAAAACCGUUCCAGAUGGAAUCGUGUGUUUUUUCACGUCCUACCUCUAUCUGGAAUCGGUGGUAGCAUCGUGGUACGAUCAGGGCAUUAUUGACACUCUGUUGAGGUACAAGUUGCUGUUCAUUGAGACGCAGGACAGUGCGGAAACGUCGUACGCACUGAUGAACUACGUCAAGGCGUGCGAAUGUGGCCGAGGAGCAGUGUUGCUAGCUGUAGCGCGCGGGCGCGUUUCCGAGGGAGUGGAUUUCGAUCAUCAUCUCGGCCGAGCAGUGCUGAUGUUUGGCAUCCCUUACGUUUACACCCAAUCCCGGAUAUUGAAGGCACGGUUGGACUAUUUGCGAGAUCAGUUUCAGAUAAGGGAAAAUGAUUUUCUUACCUUUGAUGCGUUACGACAUGCGGCGCAGUGUGUUGGCCGUGCCAUUCGUGGUAAAACCGAUUACGGUAUUAUGAUCUUUGCGGAUAAGCGUUUUUCCCGACAGGAUAAACGUGGUAAGCUUCCCAAGUGGAUCCAAGAGCACCUGACGGAUAACUACUGCAACCUCAGCACCGAAGAAUCGAUGCAGUUGGCAAAGCGAUGGCUUCGCCAAAUGGCGCAACCCUUCACACGGGAAGAUCAAUUGGGCGUUUCUCUGCUAACGCUAGAGCAGCUUCAAUCGACCGAAAAGGAAAAAUUGGAAAAACAGGCCCAGGGCAAAAACUAAUUUCUAACGUACU